CGCGUCUGACAUAACUUCUAUGGAGUAUAUAAAUCUCAACGCCACCGGCUUACCUACCAAUUCCUGUCUCCAUCGGCAAAAUGUUCAGAAAAAUUAAAUAAAUAAAUAAAUGAAUAAUAGUGCACUUUCCAGUUUUCCUCCCUUGCCUAAAAAGUUAAACCUUUUCACCAGCACUUAAAAAGAUCCCACUUUUUAGAGAGAGAAGAUAGAGAGAUAGAGAGAGAAAAUCUUGAUGAUAGAGAGAAGCCAUUACUAAAUCUCCAAGAAAAACAGCAAGACAAAACAAAGAGAGUGAAUCACAUGCAUAUAGAUACAUAGUGUACACAUAUACUUGAGAGAGAGAGAGAGAGAGAGAGAGAGAGAGAGAGAGAAAGCAUGCUUUGUCGGCCAUUAAAGCUUCAGUGAAAGGACUGGCAAAUCUUCCCUCCAUUUGCUGUAAUUGCAGAAAGAGUCCAAAGACAGAAUUUUGGGUUAUCUUUUUUUUUUUUUUUUUAGCUGUUGUUUUUUUGCUUCUUAAGCAACACAAUUUUCAAUUCAAAUUAAAUACCAAAGUAAUCAAUUCGAUUCAUUGCACUUGGAGUCUUGCCCCCCCUCCCCCUUCUUCCAUGCUUCUACCAUUUAAAUAAAAAUUGAAUCUUUAUCCCUCUCUCUCUCUCUCUCUCUCUCUCUCUCUCUCUCAUCAUCUCAAAUCCCGCAUGUGGAUUUGAAUUACCCACCAUUCUUGGAAAAGAAAACAAAAUAAAUAAAGGGUAUUUUUAAUUUUUCAAUUCACUCAAAUUCCCAUGACUUUUGCUCUGUGUUCUUCCCAAGGCAUCACUUGAUUACAACCCGGGGUUGAAUUUCAUGGAGCUGAAGAUGUCACAAUUUGGUGGAUGAGUGAAUUGCUCAUCAAUUUGUGUAUUCAUAUUUGGAAUUCUUUAGUUCCCACAGUUGUUGAUUAUGAUUCACAACUAAAUCCAAAAAUCCCAUUUUAGCAGAAUCAAGGAAUAAAUUCAAGAUUCAGACAAAGAUGGUGUUGUCUUGGUAUCAUGUUUGGGGAUUCAUAGGAAUCUUGAUGAUGUUGAUUCGUCCUUCGAUAGCGUUAAGUGACGAAGGAAUAUACCUUCUCGAAUUGAAGAAAACCAUUCUUGAUCCCAGUAAUUUUCUAUCGAAUUGGAAUCCGAAUGACCACACACCUUGUAAUUGGACAGGUGUCAAUUGCACCGCAGCAGCAGAAGAUUACAAUCCGGUAGUUUGCUCUCUCGAUUUGAGCUCUCGGAAUCUCUCGGGUACUCUCAGCUCCUGGAUUGGCCGACUAUCGCAUCUAACUUUUCUUGACGUCUCUUUCAACGGGUUCUCGAGGAAUAUUCCCAAGGAGAUUGGAGAUUGCUCGAAUUUGGAAACCCUCAACUUGAACGAUAACCAGUUCGACGGAGAAAUCCCAGUCGAAUUGGGCAAUCUUUCUCGUUUGGUGAGCCUCAAUAUAUGCAACAAUCAAAUAUCCGGUCAAAUUCCGGAAGAAUUCGGAAAAUUAACUUCUCUUGUCCAGUUUGUGGCGUACACUAAUAACCUUUCCGGCUCGUUGCCUCAAUCCUUCGGUAACUUGACGAACUUGAGAGUUUUUCGAGCGGGCCAAAACGCAAUUUCUGGAAAUUUACCAUCCGAAAUAGGCGGUUGCAUAAACCUCGAAAUUCUUGGUCUUGCACAGAAUCGAAUCGGAGGUAACUUGCCCAAAGAGCUAGGCAUGCUCAAAUGGCUAACGGAUCUAAUUCUUUGGGAUAAUCAGUUCUCGGGGUUUAUUCCAAAGGAGUUGGGAAAUUGCACGAGCCUUCAAACACUUGCAUUAUACCAAAACAAUUUUGUCGGAGAAAUUCCAGCCGAGCUAGGAAAUAUCAAGUUCUUGAAAAGAUUGUAUCUUUAUCGAAACGGAUUAAACGGAACUAUUCCGAGAGAAAUCGGAAACCUCGAUUCUGGUCUCGAAAUCGAUUUCUCCGAGAAUUAUUUAUCCGGUGAAAUCCCGACUGAGUUGACUUGGAUAAAAGGUCUCUAUCUACUCUACCUUUUUCAAAACGAGCUCACGGGUGUUAUCCCCCCUGAGCUGAGUAACUUGAGAAACCUCACAAAGCUCGAUUUGUCUAUUAACUAUUUAACGGGCCCCAUUCCGUUUGGCUUUCAGUAUCUUCCUCGAAUGAGCCAAUUGCAGCUGUUUGAUAAUUACUUGAGUGGGAAUAUACCUCAAAGACUCGGUUUUUACAGUCGGCUUUGGGUGGUUGAUUUUUCAGACAAUCAAUUAAUGGGGAGAAUCCCACCUCAUAUAUGCUGGCAUUCGAAUUUGAUUUUGCUGAAUCUUGAGUCGAAUGGGUUGUAUGGGAAUAUUCCGUUUGGCGUCACUAAUUGUAGCUCUUUAGUGCAGCUGCGUCUGAGCGGUAAUAAGCUGAGCGGAACUUUCCCUCGUAAUGUAUGCAAACUCAAGAAUCUUUCUGCUGUUGAAUUGGGUCGGAAUAAGUUUAGUGGAGCGGUUCCUCGUGAGAUUGGAAGCUGCCAGAAGCUGCAGAGGCUCGAUUUGUCGGGGAAUUCCUUUUCGGAUAAAUUACCGACGGAAAUCGGUGAUUUGUCCCAGCUUGUUGCAUUCAAUGUUUCGUCGAAUUUUUUCGUCGGUGAAAUUCCGUCGCAGAUUGUCAACUGCAAGGCCUUGCAGAGGCUCGAUCUUAGCAAGAAUAGAUUCGUCGGCAACGUACCUAAAGAAUUAGGGAAUCUUUCUCUGCUCGAGCGACUUAUUCUGUCGGAGAAUCUUUUUUCGGGAGAGAUUCCGGCGGAGCUAGGCGAACUCUCUCACCUGACGGAGCUUCAGAUGGGCGGCAAUUUGUUCUCCGGCGAGAUUCCAGCGGAGCUAGGCAAUCUCGUCGGGCUCCAAAUCGCGAUGAAUCUCAGCUACAACAAUUUAUCGGGGAAUAUUCCGCCUCAGCUCGGGAAUCUAAUUUUAUUGGAAUAUCUUUUUCUCAACAACAAUAAUUUGAGCGGCGAAAUUCCGAGCUCGUUCGCGAACUUGUCGUCUCUUUUAGGAUGCAACUUCUCUUACAACGAACUAACGGGCCCACUCCCAUCUGUACAGCUGUUCCAGAACAUGAGCAUUGCUAGUUUCGUCGGAAAUAAAGGCCUCUGUGGGGGGCAACUUGGUAAUUGUACGGGCUUCGGAAAUCCCUUUAACACAGUUCCUUCUAGUCUUGGAAGCUCGGAAGCUUCCAGAGGAAAGAUCAUAACUGUAGUUGCUGCUGUAAUAGGCGGAGUUUCUCUCAUACUAAUCGCGGUUAUUUUGUACGUGAUGAGGUGUCACCCGGUCGACUCAGUUCCUCCUUCCUCGCAAGAGAAGGACGUAAACGUAAUUUCAAACGAUUCGGAUAUUUACUUCCCUCCGAAAGAAGGGUUCACUUUUCAAGACCUUGUGGAGGCGACGAAUAAUUUCCACGAUUCUUUUAUUAUCGGAAGGGGAGCUGUGGGGACCGUUUACAAAGCCGAACUGCAAGCGACUCAGAUAAUCGCGGUGAAAAAACUGUCGUCCAAUCGAGAGGGUAAUGGAAAUAGCAUUGAAAAUAGCUUUCGGGCGGAGAUUUUGACUUUGGGGAAAAUAAGGCAUCGGAAUAUUGUGAAGCUUUACGGUUUUUGCUACCACCAAGGAUCGAAUCUUUUGUUGUACGAGUAUAUGGAGAGGGGGAGUUUGGGGGAGCUGCUUCAUGGUGGGGCGGCGGCGGAGUUGGGGUGGCCGACGAGAUUUUCGGUGGCUCUUGGAGCGGCGGAGGGGCUUGCGUAUUUGCACCAUGAUUGUAGGCCGAGGAUUGUGCAUCGUGAUAUAAAGUCGAAUAAUAUAUUGCUCGAUGAGAAGUUUGAGGCGCAUGUUGGUGAUUUUGGUUUGGCGAAGGUGAUUGAUAUGCCGCAUUCCAAGUCCAUGUCUGCAGUUGCUGGAUCGUACGGGUACAUAGCCCCCGAGUAUGCAUACACCAUGAAGGUAACGGAAAAAUGUGAUAUCUACAGCUACGGUGUAGUACUUCUCGAAUUGUUGACUGGGAAAACCCCCGUACAGCCCUUAGAAGAAGGCGGUGAUCUCGUUACGUGGGCCCGUAAUUACAUUCGGGCCCACUCUUUGUCAACCGAGAUUCUAGAUAGUCGUUUGGAUUUGAAAGAUGAAGUCAAUGUUAGUCACAUGAUUAAUGUGCUGAAAGUAGCACUUAUGUGCACGAGCAUGUCACCGUACGAUCGGCCGACUAUGCGUGAGGUUGUAAUAAUGUUGAUUGAAUCGAACGAGAGAGAAGCGAAUGGUUACGCAGUUUCGCCACCGGAUUAUGACGUUUCUCCGAAAGAGAAUGGAUUAUGAGUGUAAGUAUGUUGACUUUUAUUUUGCUUUUACAAUUAAUGUAACCCCUUUUUUUCCUUAGAUUUGACUCUUUGUUAUUAGAUUAUAGAAAUUUUUAUAUGUAAUUUCCUUUUGAAGAGAACAUGUUGAUGCAGAAUUAGUUGUAUAUUCAGAUCUAUUUGCAUAACCUCAUUUUUUUUU